AUGGCAUUGUCAGACUCAGUCACUACUUGUCUUUCUCCACCUGUGCAUUAUAUGAUUUGCAAACUUGGAUUUGAGAAAAAAGACACCUAUGAUAUUAAUAAUAUUUUGUCUGAAAAUGGUCAAGUAUGUUGGCAAGCUGUUACAGAGCAUGUGUGUUACCUUGAAUCAGAUCACAGUGUGGAUUAUAUCAAAAGCAUACGAUCAUUAGGACCUGUAUGUGAAUCUGUUAAUUUGCACUUCAAAUCUCUGACCAAGGAGCAAUUUGUCAUUCAGUAUGCAUUGUGGUUCCACUGGACAAACUAUACAGAGUUAUUUCUUGAAGUAUUUGAUGUUCUACAAUAUACACAAACUACAGAAGUUGCUCUUGGCUUAAUGAAACUGACAUCAUGCUUGGAGCGAGCCUUGGGUGAUGUAUAUUUACUGAUUGGUAAAGAUUGCCCUUUCCUUCUAAGAGACUUGCUUGCUUCUGAGCAGCUUGCAGUUAUCUUUGGACAAGCUGUAAUGAAUGUACUGAGGCUAUUCAUUGGAUCUCCAUAUGGUCUGAAUCUUCGUAAUGUUUUGUGGCAUGGGUUUGCAUCCCCACAAGAAAUUCCUGCAAAAUAUUGUGCUAUGCUGCUUUUUUUAACUGCAGGAAUGGGUCAGUUGUUACAGACAUAUCUUCUGCAAACUAAAUGCGUUUUAGUACAUCGACCUUAUGCGAUCUUCGUUAGCUUAGAGGAGCUUGAUGUAUUUCCAGAUCUUAAUCAUGAAACACUUUCCAUAGCUGAAGAGCUAGUAAAACUGUCCAGUUUUGUAUUAAAAACAAUGUUACCAUUUUGGAUGGCUGCUUUAACAGCUUUCAAGCAAAGCAGGUAA